GCCUUACAGGAAGACAGGUUUUGGCUUUGCCUGAGGUGACCCGUCUGUGAUAAUAAUUCCAUAUUAUUUACUUGUUCAAAUGGAGCCGUCUUUGCUGAGCAUGGAGAAACUGGACCGCUCCAGCCCAGAUCUUUGGCCAGAGCAAAUUCCAGGAGUGUAUGACUUUGCGCCUCUCGUGUCGCCCCAGCUGAGCCCAAACCCAGAGAACCUCGACUUGGAAGAGCAGGACUACAAUCUCUUGUACCAGUUCCGGUUACUGACGGCUCUAGAAAUAAUUGAAGAAGUGAAGAAGCUCCAAAAUGUGGCUUACCAGCUUGGCUUAGAAGAGGCAAAGGAAAUGACACGUGGAAAAUACCUUCACAUCCUCAGCAGGAAAGAGAAAUGACGUGGAACCAAGAGGAACCAAGAGGACGUGGGAUAUCAGCAAAUUGUUGAUGAAAUAAGCGAAAAAAGCAAGAAGGUAAUGAUUGAGUACAAGAAGGAUACAAGAUACAAGCUUUCAUUUUUACAGCGGUUUGUGAUAUGAUGUUGAAUCGCCUCGCCCAUUUCGCAAUCUGUUAAUUCCUGUAUCAGGAAGAAAAGGGCGGGGUGAAGCUGCUAAAUUUUCUAUAGCUUUGCAUAUUUUCUGUAGUCUGCCUUCCAGUGAUGGUUACUAAUAGUGUGUAGUAGUUUUCAUGUGGGUUUCUCUUAUGCAUUUUGGUGUGUCAUAUCUAGUAAAUUAUUUUGAAGUGGAGAAAAUCAAACCCUUUUCAGAUUUUACUGAUUUUGUAAAUUAUGUCAAAAUAUUGUAGAUAAGGACAGAUUAAAUUUGAUAUGCAGUGUAUAAUUAGAUUUUUUUUUUUUUUUUUUUUAUAGUUAAUUUAUUCACUUAAAUCUAUGCCCUGUUAAAAAGUACUAAGUGAUAAAGUAAAUCGUCAUCAUUAAAGACACUUAUCGUUACAGUCAUUAAAGCAGUCGGUCAUGAAAUAUAAUCAUAAUUCACCAUAGAAAGUCAAGUUUAAUGGUAAGUUUGCAAUAUGGUUUGGUAUUUUUUAGUUUCAUCUCCAUAAGUUACAAAGGUUUCAUACCUAUGGAGAAAAUUACUUUAAAUAUUGUGAUGCAAUAUACUGAUUUUUUUCUGUAAAGUAUUCAGAAGUCAGUAUUUAUGUAAUAUAUAUAUAUGUAGAACCUUUAUGGAAAGUGUGAUACAUUUUUACAUUAUCUGUUAUAAGUAAAUCACAGUUCGGGAAAACACCUAGAUGGUUGGAUUGUUUUGAAUCUGACUGGAUAGACUUGUCUCGUGAAAGUAUGUUGUUCAAACAUAAUCAAAUAUUCAAACAAAUAUUCAUAAUUAUAUUAAUAUAUAUUUCUUUCUUUUUUAUCUUUGCUUUUAGUCUUAGUACUUAUUAUAUUUAUCUCUUCACUCUCUUUUCCUAUUGGUAGUACUUAUUAUAGAGUAAAAGUCUCUUUAUUAUCAUGGAAUUUUUUGUUCAUUUGCCACAUGCCAGAUAGUCAUAUAUAUCUGAAUGAACACUUGCAUUAAACUCAUGUCCUUCCCGGUCUAAGAAGUAACAGGUACCAAUAAAAGUCACUUUUAUUAAAGCUGUUUACUAUCCAUACAAUGUGCAGUUGUAAGGAUGAAAAUGUAUAUCACAUUUCUACAUAUUUUUAAAUGAUACAUAGUAUUUACACAAUGAUGACAAGAGCAGUACUGAUCUUAGAGAUUUCAUCAACAGCAGGUGUAAAUAUUAGUUUGCUGGCUCAUGAGGCAUAGUUAUUUACAUGGUACAAAUUAUGAAGACAAGCAAAUAUACUAUAGAAAUAAAUAUGUAAGUUUAA